AUGCAAAAAAUUCAAAACUUUAUCGAAAACAACAAAGCAGCUGUUGCCAUAGCUGCAGUAGCUGCUGCUAUUGGUAUUGUUGGAAUAAAAGUACUAAAUUAGGAAAAUAGAGGGAGUGCUAAGAUUUUGGAUGCAAGUAUAUAAAAAGUUCCUUUAAUUGAAAGAUUGGGAGGAGAGUAAGCAGUUUAACCCAUGAUAUCAUUAUUGUUUGAACGUAUCUCAAAUAAUAAGGAUUUAAAGUCCCUUUUCUAGAAUGUUGAAAAGAGUAAAGCUUCAUAGCAUUUUAGUGCUGUGGUUCUACAUCUAUUUGGAGGAAAAUCAACAUAAUCAUAAUCAGAUCAUUGCAAACUUAAUAUAACAGAAGCUUAAUUUGAAAUAAUUCUAAAUCUUUUAGAUCAAGUUCUUAAAAUGUUAGGAGUUGACGACAGAGAAAUCAAUGAUGCAAGAGAAGCAUUUUUAACCAAGAAAUACUAAAUUGUUAUUCCAAAUAAAAAUGCUUGAUAAUUUUAAAAUCAAUAUAUAAUAAAAUAUAUUUAUAUCCAUUCAA